CGCCGACGUACUCGAUAGCACAGGACCCACAGCAGGAGUAUUGACAGUAAUAAUUUAAUCGCUUCGAAGACACCAAUUUCGGCAGAUCAACCGAAGCUACAUAGGACCUCCUACAGCAAGAGUCGUGAAAUAGUCGGCCUAUGACUUGAAUCAGUUCUGUGAGCAAAGUCAUUUGAUCUGGCCUACGAUGAUCCAUAUGGGACGAUACACCGAAUGAUUAAGCCCUCGAACGACCUUGCAUGAACGUCUACAACCGUACAGCCAGAUCGGCUACUCGCAAAGAAACCUCGAUGCAACAUGUCCAAGCAAUUCGUCCUGCCUAUCCGGGAGAGUUACACUAACUCAACGUCUAUUUCAGACAACGUAUCCCAAAUAGAUUCACCGAAUAAUGUUUCACCCGUGCACAGCAAGGAUUCCAUAAUGAACCAGUCGUCAUUUAUCCUGAAUGCUAAAGCGAUUAUUGGCUUUAGAACAUCCUCUCCUCGGCAAGCGCAAGAAGCUUCGCCACUCGUUUCGCCCGUAGGCUCAAGUAACCAAGGAACAGAGCUUCCACCCACACCACCUUCUCUAAACGCCCUCGAAAUGACCUCUGGAGAGGCGAGUCACGCACAGGCUGUUGAUACCUUCCGGGGUAGCCAUAUCAUGAACAAUCGGCCGUUGCAUAGUACUCCUAUCAACCAAAGAUCGCCUCCAACACCAGACCCAAGUCCUCCUCGAGGCUCCAGCUCUUUGCACACCAAUGUUCCUUGCCCCCCACUACGAUACCCUUCCUCCAGAGCAGAAUCAUUUCAGACGGCCCGAGAAGAGCCAUGGUCUACGAACAGCGAAGCAAGCGAAAGCCAGCACUCUUUGGCUAGAAGUCCAUCGCCUGAACGGUAUCAGAGUCCACCCAUUGGCUUUCAAGAGAUCCCGCAAAACGUCUCGAUGAAUUCUACAAGUGGUAAUAAUACACCUAUGCAAUCACUCGCUUCUACCAAGUCAACACAUGAAAUACAAGUACCAUCGAACUCACAUAGCCAAAGUAGUCUUUCUAUCCGUUCUAUACCGGAUAGAGAAUGGAAUACCGAAUUGAUGAGGAGCGUCACUGUCCGAAGGAGUGCACGACCAUGGACACCGGAACAAAGAAUGAUUGUGGGCUCUGCACAACCGACGCCGGCCUCAUCGACACCCUGGGAUACUAGCGCGCCCAGGAGAUUGGAGAGGACCGAAAAGGAUGGCGACCUAGAGCGACCUCGAAUUGAUACUUCAGGUAACGGAGAUAGCUCUUGUUCAGAAUACCCCAACGAAGUUGACCCUCUUUCGAAACAAAAUCUCCACGAUGGAGAACGGAAGCGAAUUUCUACAGCUUCGUCGGUAUCUACUGUCGUAGAGGCUAUGGUUGUCGUCACAUCGCCUCGUAAGCUUCAAUCUUUGCGCCAUGCAGGCAAAAACUUGGCUCUUCGGGGAUGUAACGAUGUACCUUCAUUGAGCCCACGAGCCGCUCGGUCCCACUUACCGUCUUCCACUUCGGAGGAUAUUCCUCUGCACCGUCUUAUCCACAAAAGAUCACGAAUACCUGAUAGAAACAAUCGCAAUAGCUCAGAAUCAGAAGCGUCAAUUCAGUCAGGGCCUACGACGAGGAUCGUUACCCAACCUCCUACGCUAAAUGCAGAUCGACCGCAAGGAAUACGCACUGAAAAGGCAAGAGCACGUACUGUAUCGACGCCAAUGAAAACUCUGUAUCCUAGUCCCAAGGCUACCGACAAAAAUAUUCAGGGAUAUUUUGAUAUUCCUCAUCGAAACAUUGAAGCACAAGCCAGUACGCCGGGCACAGCUUCACCUCUCUUUCGAUACAUCUCACCUUAUUCACAAUCCACACCACAUUCGCAACAUAGCUCGCCACGCCUGCAACAUAAGAUGAGGAACAUAUCUCUACCAACUUAUCAUAGAUCUCCCGAUGGUCUCACUUGGCCAAAGAACGAUUCGAGCCCUUCAGCCUCUAAUCGAUCUCAAAACGCGCACGAGGACGCCAUAGAAAGAGCGCAGUCAGCGGCUCAUGCUAUCUCCCAACACGUUCGAUCGGCUAGUUCGCCAGCGACCAAUGGUGCAAAGCUACCGAUUUCGCCGCCGAGGGGGAGUCAGAGCUUUCUGGAUUCUCCAGCACCCUCAGAAAGGCGAUCUCCUCCCCACUCCGAGCACACAUUCUUGCAUUCUCCAGCACUAUCAGAGAAAAUAUCAGAUCAUGAGAUGAGUGCCAGUACCAGAAUAAUGUCUCCAAGUUCGCCCAAACGCAUGAAGAGGGUCAGCGUAGCACCAGCAGAGGAUCUAACACGUCCGAGCUUGGAUGUUCCUAAUUCGCGCGUGGACGACAAUAAACGGACGAGUAUGGCAUCAUCUGCUCGUACAGACGAACAUGCUCUUGCUCGUCACCUCUACGCUCAAAACACUCCAUUCUCAUUCUCUCAAUUCUCGACUACACCCGACGCACUCGAAGUUAGCGAGGCAACUGCUAUUAGUAUCUUCCCUCACAAUAAUGAUUCGCUUCUCGUCGUUCAGCAAGUCGCUAGAUCAAGCACCGUUACUGGCCAGAUCACUUCGCCCGAACCUCAAGAUACGCUGCGCGCAACUCCGCUCGUUCAGCCAGCUUUGACUGUGGAGCCUUGUACUCCGCCUUUAGCUUCGUCAGAGAAUGCUCUGGUCGAUUCACCACUAAGGAACCCUCGUAAACCGCCGAGUCCUCCGGUCAUACAGUUCAUACCACCAACGCCUGCGGAGGAGCUAGAACGAGAACUCGUAAUCGAGCCGAAGCGACGAGUCAGUCUCAAGGAAAAGGCGCGGCGGUACUCUGAUAAUUACAUUGCUCCAAUAUUCGCGCGUUCGCCGUCAAAGGCUCGUCGAACAAGUAGCAACCCACCGCACACGCGAAUUCCGAACAUUACAGAACAAGACGGGAAUCUUCACCCAUUCUGGAAACCGCGCGGCUUUUGGGACGGCUUCGAGGACACCACGGAUAGCGAAGAUUCUUUCGAAGAAGAUGACGUUCUCCCCCGGGGUGGGGACACUAGCGAAGUAACAGAUUGCGAGAAGAAGCUGCCUCUGGGAAGGCGCCUAACGAACGGUUUGAGAGGAAGUGGCGGAUUUCUCAAAGGAAACUCCCUUGGAAUUGAAAGACAUGGAACGAAUAAGCGCCGCCACCACAUAUCUGGGCCUACCAAUCUUAGUGGCCACCGUCGAGAGGUUGGUAAUUCUCCCGUCAGAUCAACCCAUCCUGCACUCAAUCCUCUGGGACGGAUUGAAAAGAGAAUCUUACAUACUCAUUCGAACCGUAGCAUGUCAAAUGCCUCACAAAGGAUGACUCGCUGGCGAAAGGUUCACAAAAUUCCAGGUCUGGGUAUCCACAUUCAGUAUGUUGGUUUCAAUGGCAUGAAGGAGAGGAUCAGAGAGAAGAAAGCAGAGAAGAGAAGGGAGGCAAUCCGGCAAAGCAUAGGCCCGCGACUUUAUGUGGAGGGUUCAGGAGUUGUGUGAAGGGUGGGACGGCGCAAUUGGUUGGUUGGCAUCGCGGGAAAAGUAAUUACGGCAACGGUGUCGACGACAAUGUAUCUACGACGGAAUUGUUAGCAAGGUGUUUAGGUUACGUCAGCAACUGGCUAGAAGUGGACGAUUUGAUGCAUUGAUGUAUAACGACAUUACGAUUG